AUGCCCCCAAGGUUUUUGAUUUGGAGAGAAAGGGAGAAUGGAAACAACGCUGGCGGAAACAACCAAGCUGGCGGAAACAACCAAGCUGGCGGAAACAACCAAGCUGACGGAGAAGACCAAGUCGGAGAGGUCCCAGUUAGAGCCAGAAGAAACGGGGAUCCAGAGCGUCCCGCUUGGUCGAAGCCUUGCAAAAUUCUUUGGAAGGUAAUUGUGUCGGCUGCAGCUUUGAUUGGUUUUCUGGUACUUCUUAGCCUUACAUGUAUUGAGUAUCAUAACUUCCCCAGUCACGAGAGAUGCAUUGAGAAUCAAGGCAACAGAAUUGAAGAGGUAAACACCCAGCUUGGUGCCUUGCACACUUCGUCACUCGCUGGCCAGAGAACAGCCGAUUCCAGGAGUCAGAUCAGUGUGCUGAUGGGUUACUGGAGCGAGUCUUAUACGUCCCACGCCUUGGGAUAUUCUGUAUUCACUCUCGUCGAAGUUGGUGGUGGGAAAGAAGUGAAACUGAAUAGCCCGAUUGUGAGCCAGGAUCAGGCGGUCGGAGACGAGGCGACUCAGGAACCCUCAGUGAAUUGUGACCAGCUUUAUGAGGACUUUAAGAUGAAAGAGAGCACAAACCUACUACUGCUUGGAGUGCUACUAGCUUGCCUUCCAUGGCUCUCUAAGAAUGCCUGGUUUCGACGCGUGAUCGCUGGUAUUUAUAUCCUGGGAGCUUUGGCCUUCUUUAUUACCUGUUUGGUUGUGGAUUCACACGAUUCUACGAAGUUCCUGAACGAGUGGUUCGUUGCAAGGGCUUGUCUAGCGAUAUGUGAAUAUUUUGUUGUGGCAGCGACUUCUACCAUCGUGGCAAUUUCUCAUGCUGACCAGCCAGCUCCGCCUCGGGAUGAAGAAGCGAAUGUUUAA